UGGCGGUUGAAUGAAUAAUCGAAUUAUUUAGCUAAAGUCACGUUUUCGAGGGAAGUUGUAAGAACCGGAACAAUAUUUUCCCGGCAAAGUUAGCGAAAUAAAAAAACGGAACAAAAUAAUUGAACUAUAGUCGCACAAUAUAUGUUUCAUGUAUAAAUUAUAGAUAAUGUAGACGGCAACAAUGAUGGCCGCUAUGAAAGAAUAGACAGUGAUAGUUUAAAUGGGUGCUAUUAAUUAUCUACAAACAACAAACUCGCAGAUUCGUCAUAUAAUAUUAUUUGACACUGCUGUGAGUUGUUGUCGUGUGUGAAGUGUAAAUCAAUGAAAUGCUAAUAUUAUUGAUAAAUUGAACACACCAUUGUUGAUGAUAUUAUUUUAUUAUUAUUGUUAUUAUUAUUUUUAUUUUUCUAUUUCUAUUUUUUUUCAACAAAAUUCAACAAAGGUGGAACAAAUAAAGUAUAUUGAUAAAAAGACGAGGUGGAAGAAGAGGUGGUGGAGGUGGUGGUGGACAAUAUUAAAUAACAAUAAAUAUAAAUAUAAUUGUUAAAGUAAAAAUAAAAUAAAAAAAAAAAGAACAUCUAUAACUCUGUUAUAAGUUGAAUUUCAUUCAAGUUAAUAUUAUAUUUAUAAAUAUACGUUCAAGGAAAAGAUGAACGAAAGUUUUAACAUCAUAGAUAGAGAUUGCGAUCAACUUUUGUUUCAAUCAUCAUCAUCAUCCACACCAUCAUCAUCAACUGCUUUAUCAGAAUCAUUGCCAUUAGAAUCAACACAAGAAGUAGGUUUAGAAGCAUCGAAAAGUGAAGAUUUGUCAUUGAUAAGUAAUAUUGAAACACCAAAAGACAACAUAGUAACGUCGGAAUGUGUAAUUAAUGUUGAAAAAUUAAAUAUUGAUGAUAAAAAUAUUAAAUCAUCAUCAACAGAAGAUAUUUUAGUUACUGAUGAUGAUAAAUUGAGGCCAGUUGAGAAGAAAUGGCCACCAAGAAGUGUAAGUUUUCCACCAAAUGAUAAGGAUUUAGUUACUGGUUAUUUAGAGCCAGCUAAUCCAUGGGAACAAGCACAAGAUGUAAGCAUUGAGAAUUUAAUUUUGGCGUACAAAGAGUCAUGUGAUCGGCAUCAUACUCAUCCAUUGGACUCAGUAAUCGCUCAAUUAGAGAAAUUAGAGUUAAUCAAUGAAAGAUGUGAGGAGUUGACGUUAAAAAAUGAACAACUGAGUAGAAAUUUUUGUGAACCACUGGAGGAGGUUUUAAAACGACUGCAAUUUAAAAAAAUCGAUUUGGAAUCAGCAUCAUUAGAUGAUGAAAGUGCAGAAACAUUGUUUGAUAUGUUUGAAUAUUAUGAGUCAGUGACGCAUCUUAAUAUCUCGAGUAAUUGUAAUAUUGGUGAGAGAGGAUGGCAAGCUUGCUCACAAAUGAUUAAAAAAACUCAAUGUCUUGAACAACUUGAAGCUAGAGAUAUUGUUUUAACACAACAGCACAUGAAUAUACUUAAAAGACCUCUGCAAUUGGUUACCCAUCUUCAUGUCUUAAAGUUGGAGAAUUGUGGGCUUGCUGGUCGAGCCUUUAUUAUUCUAAUUUCUGCUUUAAAGCAUAAUACUGGAUUAAAGGAGUUAUAUUUAGCUGAUAAUGGACUUGGUAAUCCUGAUGCUGUUCAAUUAGGAGCUUUAUUAAGAGCUAAUCAUCAUCUACAGCUGCUGGAUGUUAGUAAUAAUAAUUUACAAGAUCAUGGAGUUAGAGAUAUACUUGAUGGCUUGGUGACACAAUCAAAAGAAGCUCAUGGUAGUCAGGGUUUAAGUAUAUUGAUCCUGUGGAAUAAUCACAUCACUAAGGAAUCAUCUGGUCGUUUUGCUGAACUGUUGGCAAUCUCUAAAAGCUUGGAGACAUUGAACAUUGGACAGAAUUUGAUGGGUGAUGAAUUUCUGGAAGUUUGUAAAGAUGCUUUGAAGAAGAAUAAUAGUUUAUUACAGUUGGGAGUACAGGCGACAGGUUUGAUGCAAAAAGGAAUACUUGCACUUGCUGAAGUUAUUGAGAAAAAUGAUACUCUUCAGAGAAUUGAUCUACGUGAUAAUAAUCUUCAAUUAACCGGCUUGACGUUCUUGUCUAUUGCUCUUAAAAAGAAUUCUAGUAUCACAAGAAUUGAUUUGGAUGAUAAAGCUUGGAGUAAAUCGCCGCCAUUGAUAGAACAAUACGCCGAGCUGAUUCAGGAGAUUCGAAGUUACUGUUUGAGGAAUGAAGAGACACUGUCAACAGAUGAAAGUACUGAAGAGUUAAGCAGUUCAGAGCAUCGAAGUCGAUUGUCCAGCGUGAGCUCCCGUAAGAUCUCGCUGACUUGUCAGACACUGCCACGUUCUCCUCCUCUAAUGGCGACCGCGAGCGAGGUCACCGGGAGAACGAUGAUGAUGCCAGGCAGUGUACCAAAACGUACCAGCGGAGGACGUCUUCGUUCUCCGGCUCCGAGCCCGAUUCCCUCGCCCGUGGCCAGCCCAAUUCCCAGUCCCUCGCGAGGUCGUUUCGUCGUUUCACGAGUGUCCGAAGCCUCCCUAAGUUCCACUAACUCGUCAGCAUCAUCCUCACCUAUUACACCACCAUCAUUACCAUCUCCAUCAUUCUUCCCUGGAGAUGGUUCGCGCUUCCGCGUCACAGUUGUUCCUAACCCUGUACCACCACCACCACCACCAACAACAACAACAACAACAACAACAACAACGUCACAACCAAUCAACUUGCCUGAAUUAAAAGUGGAUGUACCUGAAGUUGUUGAUUCUGAUGAUUCUGAUAGCGUUUUUCGGGCGGAACCAGAAGACUUAAGGAUCGACAGUGAGUCAAGUGCUGAUGGUGAUUUCAGUUGUGAUGAUUUAAUCAAAGAUAUUGGUACAAAUAAUGUUACAUUAUUAUCAACGACAACUAUUAAAGCACCAACAACAACAACAGCGUCUAUUCAAUCACCAAAAAUAGUUGAUGAACCAGAUACACUUAAACAUACAUCAAGUCUUGAUAGAUUACUUGGACUAUUUCAUAAUCCUGGUGGUAUAUUUACUUCGGCAUUUGAUACUUCCUCAGCUAAAAAUCCAUUUCAUGAAAGUGUUAAUAGUAUGAUGGCAUUAGGUGAUAAAUUUCAAAGGUAUCUACGUGAAUCACGUGCUCUUGAUGUUAUUAGUCAUGAUGCAAAGUGUAAAAAAAAUGAUAAAGAGAUGGAUGAAGCAUUUAAUAAUGCUCAUUGUAAUUUACCAGUGAAACAAUCGUACGUACCUGCUGCUAUAGAUGAACCCUUUGUAGAUAAUGAUAAAAAAGAAUGUUUAAUGUUACCAAGGACGUUUAAUCAUGUCCAAUCAAUUUGUGAUAGCAACACGAAGAGCAGUAUUAAUUAUCCUAAUUUUAAUAAUGAUACUCAUCAUAGUAAUUUAACGUGUGAUGUAAAUAAUUUAUUAGAUGAUGAUAAAGAUGUUAAUAUUCCAAUUAUUUAUGAAAGUAUAUCAGAAGCAUCGAGUAUUGAUGAUCAUCAUGAAGUUAAUCCACGAUCUCAAAUGAAUUUAUUUAUCGAUAGAUCAAUUAAUCAUCGUAAUAGUCAAGACUCAGGCAUUGAAGAAUCAAAUAUUUCCACUUCUGAUGAUCAUUAUAAUGAUUCCAAUCGACCGAAAGAACAUUUUCAAGGCAGUGUUGACUCGGGUAUUGAAUCUGAGUGUUCACCAGUUUGUAAUAAAGUCCCUGAGACACAGGAGGAUCAAGGAUGUUUAAAGGAAUUAAGAAUAGCUUUAAACAUUCCAACUUUAGAUGAUAAUAAGACUAAUGUUGACCAAUUAAUUUAUCAAAGUGUCGAAGGAAGUUAGUUCAGUGUCUAAUGAUGAAGCAACGAUGAUCAGCAGUGAAGAAAAUAAGGAUGAUAAACAACGUAAAAAAUUAUACGAGUCGACAGAUGAUGAUUUUGAAGAUGUCAAAAGUCAACUCGAACCAAAAUAUCAACGAUACGCUAAAUGG